GUCCGGCAGCUGCUGGCGGGAGAGCAGCUGGCGAGGAGAGCUCUUGCCUCCAGAUUAUGAUGGCAAAUCACCUUGUAAAACCUGAUAUGAGAAAUUGCAAGAGACCAAGAGAGUUGGAGCCUCAAAUGCCAGAUAGUCCACAACUGUCCUCUCCUGGAAAAUCAGAUGCCUCUUUCUCUGAAAGCUCUGGACUAUUUUAUAAAGAUGAAGCCCUGGAGAAAGAUUUGAAUGAUAUGAGCAAGGAAAUUAAUCUAAUGUUGUCUACAUAUGCAAAGAUUUUAAGUGAGAGAGCAGCAGUAGAUGCUUCUUACAUCGACGAGAUAGAAGGACUCUUCAAAGAAGCCAAUACUAUUGAAAACUUUCUAGUACAAAAAAGAGAGCUCCUGAGACAGAGAUUUACAGUUAUUGCAAAUACACUACACAGUUAAAAGUCGUGUACUUAAAAUAAGCUGAGAAUUUAAACCCAUUAUUGUUGUAAGGAAAGAAUGACAUUUAUGCUCUGAAAGCUCUCUCGUUGUUAAAGAAAAUGUGUACCUUAAACAUAAAAGAGGAAACACCUUGAAUUUUUUUUCUAGACUUAAAGGGGGCUUUAAACUGGAUAUUAAUACCUUUUCUUUUGAGGGUCAACUCUUUGGUGUAGUUUAUAAAAGUGUAAAUUAUUUAAAUGAUUAUUGAUUCUUUUUUUUAAACCCCUAGUCUUCAACUUCUAAAAGAGGAUUCAGUGAGUUAAUUUGAUAAUGUUUAACAAUAUUGUACUUUUUUGGGGAAUAUUUUAUUUAAAUAGAAGAUAGCAUUGGAGAUAGUUUUAAAAUGUUUUUCAUGGUUAGUUUUAUAAAAAAAUUAAAACCUAAAGGUGAUUUGUCCAGCUUCUCAAUAUUUAGAAAACUCUAU